CUAUAUAGAGGAAACCCGAACUAUUAAGAAUCUGUCAUUUGUGUCCUAAAGUAUCCAAUAUGACAUUUGUGUCCUGACGUAUGAUAGUUGUGUGUCAUUUACGUCCUGACAAUUUCAUUAACCGUUAUAGAUAACGGUUGAUCAAACGGUCAACCAUAAAAUGUUGACUAUUGAUUAAAUGGCACAUAUGUGGAAGCCAUGUAUGCGCCACGUCAGCUGCCACAUCAGGUUUUUAUUUUUAAAUUAAAAUUAAUUAAUUUAUUUGGGAAGAAUUAAAUUAGAAAAGUUAAAGGAAAAUGAUGGGGGAGGCCGCUACUCAAAUUGGAAAAGUUAAACAAAAAUUAAAAUACCCCUGCAUCUCUAACCCUCGUCUUCUCCGCAUCUCUAACCUUCGUCUUCUCCGGCAGAGCUCCCAGCUCCUCCCUCGCUCCCAUUCCGGGCCGCAGGUAGUUGUCUCUUCUUUUGAUCAACUCCGUCGCAUAUCUGAUUCAUCCCAACAACCACUCAUUUUCCCCCACUCCGCCUCCCCCUACGUCGCCCGUCGCAAAUCCCACGAACAUAGUGGCGGCGGCGUCGACGACGACCUCGACUCCUGGUCACACAGCCACCACCACUCCCCAUCUCGGCCACAUACUCCUCAUCUUCCUCGUCUUCCUACCAGAGGAAGUACGCCAAGCUGCCUCUCUUGGCCAAUUUAUUUCGAUUCAGACCCAACAAACUGCGAAAUCCAGAUCCCGACACUGUUGUUGCUGGUGCGGAUUCAGCUCAGCUCAGCCCAAACCAGAUAGAAGCUGACUACAUUUUCUAUGAUCUACUAAUGGUCAACAUUAACAAAAAAAAAUAGUUUGGGUCAGAUUUGUCAUAUUAAAUAGUUUAGGCCACAAAUUACACUUUUUGAAUAGUUUGGGCUUCCUAGUGGAAUUAGCCCAUAAAACAAUAAUGCAAUUACCAUGAGACUAAUUGAAACCAUUAAAUUUUUGAAAAUGAAAUUGGUGACUAAGGCCCCUAGUUCCUCAACGGCCCACUUAGGGUGGGGUACGCGGGCUGGUGACCCACGGAUGUGACACGAUCCACCUGCAAAAUGAUCUAAUUUGCAUAUUGUGGGUGGGUCGGUAAGCUGGUGACGAAUAGGCUAAGUGCAACCCGCAGGAGGCAGAUGGUUGAUGGACGGGUGCGGGGUCACCCGCAAACCCGAUCUCCCAUCAUAAAGCAACUAGCUAGCUAGGUCACCUACCUCCUCUCCUCUUCAUUAGAUCCCGUUGCUCAAGCUGUUUGUUUGGAGAUUUAUGGGUGAAUGGAUCAUUUCAUUUAUUCAUUAUCAAACCUUGCCCUCUAUUGUGCCUCUUGGGUUGAGAUUGGGAAUCACAACGAAAACAUACUGUUUUUGGUGGAAUUUUGCAUGAUCAAUGCACCCUGACUUCAAGAAAACAAAAAACAAUGUUACUCGGUUCACAUCUCUUCAAACACUGUUCGAACGAGGGUGUUCGUUGCAUACAACAAAGGAUUUGGCUAUUAUUCCCUCUACUCCUAAGGAGAUUCCUUGAGAGCUUCGCAACUACUGACUACAACUAACAGAGAAGCCUCCUUGGAUGGUCCCUGGUGCUACUGCUAUGAUUACUGUUCUAGAGAGAAAAGAUAAAUUUUGACGAGACUAUUUGUGAUUUGAUUUGUCUGUCCUGCUCCAAAAGGUUGUUUCCAGUUUUGUUGCCCAGAGUCGUCCAACUGCUCUCUCCCCCCUCCUCCAGAAAAGUAGAUCCGCUUAGCUUCUACGCUAGUCAGUUGUUGCCAAGAAGUCUCUGGACACGUCACUACAUCAUCUUAAUUUCAACAUGGAUGGUACCAUCCAACUAGUACUUUGGAUGGUAUCCAUAAUAUAGGAUGGUCACCAUCCAAUUAGUCUUUUGGAUGGUGUCCAUUAUAUUUGGGAUGGUACCAUCCAUAAUAGAAUUUGGAUGGUAUCCAUGUUGUUGGACACCAUCAUCCAUAAUAGGAAUUGGAUGGUAUCAUGAGGUUGGACACUACCAUUCAUUAUAAGAUUUGGAUGGUAUCUAUGAUGUUGGGCACUACCAUCCAUAAUUGGAUUUGGAUGGUAUCCAUGAUAUUGGACACUACCAUCCAUUAUUGGAUUUGGAUGGUAUCCACACCUGAGCUACCAUCCACCAACCCUACGGGCAGACUUGAUAAAUUGGACCAUCCAUAUACACGCGGACCAACUACUUAAAGAGGUCAAACUGUUCAUACAUGUAAUAAUUAAUGAAAAUUAUUUUGGUGUAAACACAUACAAUUAUUGGUAUAUAUCAUGUUGUUUGUGUAGUUUACGACAAUAAGUUGAUAAAUUAAUGUAUUGCUUAUAGUGCUUGACUUUCACUUAUAUUACAAUUAUAUGCAAAAUACAUCAUAAAUUAGCUUUGAACAGAGUAAUGUCUAUUUUUAUCCAAAUCUUUUUAAGAUUCUUUUAUAUUAUUCAAACUUAUUAAAAUUCUAUUAAUUAACCAAAUCUUUCAUAACUAUCAAUCAAAAUAUUAGCCAUUUUUACGUUAUCGUUAAUAAUUUUGUAACUCUUUUCUCAGUUAAAAUACUAAAAUUUUGGAAUGUUGACCUUUAUGUGUCUCUUGCAAGUUAGUAUCAUGUUGACAAGUCAAUAUUACUAACAAAAUUGCUAAUUGGAAAUUAACAUUUGGUUAAUUUUUAGUAUUUCGAUAGGUUUGGAUAAUAUAAAAGAAUCUGAAAA